GUGGGCUCUGCCCGCGCAGGUUCGAAUCCUGCCGUUCACGGGUUUUGUGUUACGUUUUUGCUUCGCCAUUUCUUUUUCGAAGUCUUUUUUAUGCGUAAAAGGCUGAUGUGAUCUCUGGGGAGAGUGACAGAAUGUCAUUCGUCGACUACUCGCAGUUAUUCUAUCUUUCAAUUAACAAUCUCCUCGAGCAAUGUAAAACUUUCCGCCAACUCCACCAAGUCCAUGCUCACGCUUUCACCUGUGGCCUUCUCUCUGUUUGCAGUUCUAAAAUUUUAUCCAAAAUUCUCUACUCUCUCACCACCGCAACCACCCCCAGAUCGUCCUUGUCUCUGUUGCGCUUUGCGGUUUCUGUAUUCAAUGCUAUUCCAAACCCUUCUCCCUUUUGCUACAAUCUUAUCAUUAGAAUCCACACCCUCCAUUCCUCUCCUGUCACUGGCCUCCAUUACUUUCUUCAAAUGCGCCGCUUCUCUGUACCUCCUGACUUCCACUCCUUCCCUUUUGCCCUCAAAGCCUGCUCACAGCUUCGCGUUCUUUCAUUGGCCCAAUCGCUUCAUUCUCAAAUUCUGAGAUUUGGUUUUGUCUCAGAUUUGUACGUAAUGAACUCUCUAAUUCAUGUUUAUUCAGUAUCUAAUCGAUUAAACGAUGCUUAUCAGGUGUUUGAGGAAAGUUCUCAUCAUGAUGUGGUUUCUUACAACUCGUUGAUUGAUGGAUUCGUUAAAACCGGUGACAUUGAAAAAGCAAGGGAAAUUCUUGAUCGGAUGCCUGUGCGAGAUUCUGUUUCGUGGAGUACGCUUAUGGCAGGGUAUGCCCAGGGAAGCCAUUGCAAGGAGGCAAUUGAACUAUUUAAUCUCAUGAUGGAUUUAAAACUUAGACCUGAUAAUACUGCAUUGGUAUCUAUUCUUUCUGCUUGUGCACAACUGGGUGAUCUGGAAAAAGGAAAGCAAGUUCACAAUUAUAUUGUAAAAAGUAAGAUACCAAUUGAUUCUUUUCUGUCAACUGGUUUGGUUGAUUUUUAUGCAAAGUGUGGCGAUAUUGGCACUGCUCUAAAGAUUUUUGAAUUGAGCCCUGAUAAGAGUUUAAUUACAUGGAAUGCGAUGCUACUCGGCAUUGCAGUGCAUGGUCACGGUCAGUUAUCGCUACAUUACUUCUCAAGAAUGAUGGAGGCCGGGGUUAAACCUGACGGAGUUAGCUUUUUAGGAGUUUUAGUAGGAUGUAGCCAUGGGGGGCUGGUGGAUGAGGCCAGGAAGAUUUUCCAUGAGAUGGAAUCUUCUUAUGGGGUCCGCCGGGAGCCCAAACACUAUGGUUGCAUGGCUGAUUUGCUUGGCCGGGCUGGGCUGAUCAAAGAGGCAAUAGAAAUGAUAAAUAACUUGCCUACAGGCGGAGAUAUGUCUGUGUGGAGUGGCUUGCUAGGAGGGUGUAGGAUACAUGGGAAUGUUGAAAUUGCAGAGAAGGCAGCAAAGCAGGUGAUGGAGUUAAAACCUGAAGAUGGUGGGGUCUAUUCAAUCCUGGCUAAUGUUUAUGCCAAUGCAGACAGAUGGGAAGAUGUGGUGAAGGUUAGGAGUUUGAUGAGUGGCAAUAGGAUUGUAAAGAAGAGUGCUGGUUGUAGCUUGAUUCAAUUGGAUGGGACUGUACAUGAGUUUCUUGCAGGAGAUGGCUUGCAUUCACAAAGAGAUGAGAUAUAUAUGGUUUUAGAUGGAAUUAGGGAACAUCAACGUGAAAUUUCUGCAUACUAAUGCUAAUUAGCGUUCUUUGUAUCAUUUAUAAGUUUUUAGGGGACGAGGGUGGGAGGCGGAGAGACUGCUACCUAGUUGGAUUAGGAACAAAGCAGAAAAAUGGGAAAAUUGGACAUGGAAGGACAAUUAUUUAUUUUACAUGCACCUGAUAUUCAAAUUUUCUUUGAACAA